GAAUAAUUUGCACCGCUGCUACUAAAAGUUAAACUAUGUUAUUCGGGCGGAGAAUUAAGAUAUACUAAGAAAAAUCAUAAACCCCCCUUUCUGGUUAUCUUGUCUGCCUUCACAACGUUAUGCAGGUUUCUUCGGUGCCGAGUGAAGCGGCCUCUUCGUGACGGACACCUAUAUCUUAGGUUAUAAUGAUACAGGUAUCUGUGCCGUCUCUCCCCUCCAGUAAGGGGACACACCUGACUAUGUAUACACUGCUGCUAUUGUUGGUGGUGCAGGGCUCGGGGUCCAGCUUCAGCGACAGGGAAUAUCAGGGAUUUUCCGACUUCCUGGACGGUGUGAUAUCGUGUAGGGGAGUGACGGGAGGGGUGGUGACUUUAGUGAAAGACGAGAGGGUGGUCCUCACUAAGAGUUUUGGUUACUACGACUUGGAGAGAAGGAGGAAGGCAACAGUUAACACACAGUUUUUCAUCGGGUCCCUGACCAAAGCUUUCACCAGCGCUGUUAUUGCCAAACUCCUGGCCGAACAUCCCAGUUACACUUGGGAUACCCCUAUCGCACAUAUUCUGGGACCCUCUUUCCGGCUAGCGAACGACUUGCUGAGCAAAAGCGUCAACCUCCGAGAUGUUCUGGCCCACAAGGUGGGAGUCCCGUCAAAUUUUAGCCCCCUCCUGGUGGGAUUCCCGGAAAACACAACCAGAGAAGACUUUAUCAGGCAUGAACCCCUGUACCCCCUCAGGACCAAGUUCGUGUACAGUAACUACAUGUACGUCCUCGCGGGGUUUGUGGCCGAGAAAAUGGGCGGGAAACCGUGGGAGACGCUGGUCAAAGAACUGCUGUUUGAGCCGUUAGGAAUGAGAGACAGUGGCUUUGUGAGUGAUGUAAAAAACUUCACUCAGUAUCCUUCAGCUUUUGCAUACGUUGAUGGAAGACUGGAGAGAGUCGACCAGAAUUUGCUGUUUUCAGUUCUACCCGGAGGCCCGGCGGGCUCCAUUUACACCACAGCAGACGACAUGAACAAAUGGAUGAAUUUCAACCUCGGCAAUGGUUCCAUCAGCAACGGAAGUGUCGUCAUACCAGACAAGUACUUUACUGAACUCCACAAAGAACAAAUGAGCAGCCCGUUCUCCAAGAACAAUCUGUACAAGCCUGUCUACCCGGUCUCCGAUAUGACGCUCUCCUACUGUCUGGGCUGGGUAUCGUCUGUAUAUAGAGGCUACCGGAAGAUAUGGCAUUCGGGAGGCAUCGUGGGUUAUUCUUCGUUGUUAUGGUUGUUCCCUGAUCUUAAAGCCGGAGUUUUUGUAACUAUUACUGGAGCCAAGGACAACCAAUACCGCCCUUCUUUAUAUACCAUUGCCAGUCAAGCAUCGGAUCUGUUGCUAGGUAACACCCCGUGGCUUAAUGAAUCUACAUCUUGUACUUUUCCCGCGCCCUGGAAAGACCUAAAGUCUAUUCAGCACGGAAACCCGCAGAAACCUCACCCUGAGUUCUACUGGAACAUAACUGUCUCCCAAGCCACGUAUGCUGGCUUGUACGGCCAUCUUGCUUUCGGUAACAUGACAAUAACGUCAGAUGGAGACGGCAUAUUAUUAAACUACGGGAGAUUCGGUAGACUUAGGUUAUUACCAAUUAAUGAGCAACUAUUUUUAGGAUACUUUUUAGACAGUCUUUCCUUUGCAACUAAUUCAGAUGGAAAUACUGAACCGCUUGUGAUAGAGUUCAAAUUUAAUGCCCUUGGCGCGGUUGAAAGCAUAGAAUUUCCCGUGGAUUUGUCAGUACCACAAAAGACAUCUUUUAAAAGAAUUGAUAAAUUUAGAUCCAGGUAUACGAGGAACUAUUCUGUGAUAACAAAGGCAGAAGGCCGGGGGGUCGGGACAUUUCUAUCUGUGACUGCAGCAUGGUGCUUGUUUCAUUGACCACUGUAAAAGGCGGAGGGCCGGGGGGUCGGGACAUUUCUAUCUGUGACUGCAGCAUGGUGAUUGUUUCAUUGAACACUGUAAAAGUGCCUUAACUCACGUACACAAAUGACCACAACAAGAAAAUCAACAAACGGAAUUUUUAUGAAAAGUCUUAUAAUUGGAAAUAAAAUACACAUUGAUUCAUUAA